AUGUUCUCUGUUCACAGAGGUUCUCGAGGAGGCUCUGGUGGGUUCUGAUCCUGAAGGUCCUCUGUGUGAGCUGCUGUUCUUCUUCCUGUCGGCCAUCUUUCAGGCUCUGGACGAGGAGCAGGAGGACUUGGCUAAAGAGCAGGCUGAAGGUGCAGACCUGUCGGAGGCUCUGGACGAUGACUCUGAUGCAACACAGUCAGCUCUCAGUGCUGUCGCCGCAUUGGCUGCUGCCUGGUCCCAGCUGCAUCAGGGCUGCAGUCUGAAGCAACUGGACCUGGACAGCUGCACAUUGUCGGAGAUCCUGCGGCUGCACAUCCUGGCGUCUGGCGCUGACUGUUACCACAGCAACGCUAAGUUCCGUUACCAGAAGCAGGGCGGGUUCACACUGAUGGACGACCCGUGUGUUGAGCUGCGUGUGGCCGAGCCGGCACUGCUCAAGAGGCUGACGUGCACCUCAGUGUACGACCUGGCGCCAGGGGAGAAGCUGAAGAUCCUGCAGGCACUGGUGGGGAAGCUGCUGACGUUGGCGUCCAGCAGAGACGUGAUCGAAGACUGUGUGGAGGAGCAGAGAGCCGCCAGACAGGAACUGAGAGAGAUCAGAGCUGAACAGCACCGCCGAGACAGAGAGGAGGCCGCACACAGGGUCCGUCUUCGUAAAGAGGAGAGGCUGAGGGAGCAGGAGCAGAGGCUGAAGGAGAAGGAGGAGAGACUGAAGGAGCAGGAGGAGAGACUGAAGGAGCAGGAAGCGAAGGGAGGAAUCCCAACGAACAGUGAGACUCCUGUACAGCAACGCACUGAGGAAGACGAGGAACAAAACUCUUCGUCCAAUGAUAAGAAGACAAAAGCUAAAGGUAACCAGAAAGACAAACAGACAACCUCUGACCCCAAACCUCUGUCCUGCCCCCCCACCAGCCUGACUGCAGAGGAGCAGGAGAAAGAACAGGAGAAGGUUCGAGAGCUGCAGGAGAGGAUCCAGAAGGCGGCGGCCUGCACCUGCCUGCUGCCUCUGGGCAGAGACCGUCUGUACCGCAGAUACUGGCUGCUCCCCUCAGCCUCCACCCUGUUCGUAGAGGACGACUGCUUCGGCCUGACGGAGGACAUGCUGCAGCCACGCCCUGCACAGGACGCCACAACCAAGGUGGAGGAUGAGGAGGGGGUGAAGGAGGAGCCCGCCGAGGGAAGCGCCGGCUCAAGCCCCGCCCCCCUCCAGACCUGUGGGCUGCCAGUCAAACGUCCCAACCAGUGGUCGUUUUACUCCUCGAUGGAAGAGGUGGAUCAGCUGAUCGAGGCUCUGAACCCUCGAGGUCACAGAGAGAGCAGCCUGAAGGAGGCGCUGCUGCAGGAGAGAGACAGACUGACACAGCUGCUGCAGAAUUGUGACAGAAAGAAAUACAGCUACACAGAUGACCCGGAGUCAUCCCGAUCUGUCCCAGAAUGCACUGCUGCAGCUGAGACUCUGAUGGAGGGGAGACUUAGAGACCUGCUGCUGGACAUUGAGGACAGAAUCCACCAGGGAACUCUGGGAACUCUGAAGGUGAUGGACAGACAGGUGUGGCGCUCUGCACUGCAGGCAGGAAACUACGAGCUGCUGUGUUCUGACGGCAAAGAGAACGGAGGGAUGAACGGACGAGUGGAAGCCAUGGAGGUGGACUCACCUGCCCAGCUAAGAGCCAGAGACAGACUGCAGGAGCUGAAGUGUGACAGUGUGGCGGCGUGCAGCGGCAGUGGGACUCCUCAGGUGGUCAGCAGCUCAAUACGAAUCCUGGCUCAGGCCCUCGGUCACAUCGAGCAAGGCAUCGAGAGGCGCUUCCUCAAAGCUCCGCUGGGUGACGAAGACUCAAAGAAAGACCAGAAGACAAAGAAGAACAAGAAGAAAGAUGAGGACCAGGCCAGUGAUGAUGGCAGUGACAGCGGUCGUGUCAUUAAGACAGUGUUGGAGCGAUGGAGGGAGUCUCUGCAGUCCUGUUCAAGUCUGUCUCAGGUGUUUGUCCACCUGUCCAGUCUGGAGCGAAGUGUCCUGUGGUCUCGCUCCAUCCUCAACGCUCGCUGUCGCAUCUGCAGACGCAAAGGAGACGCCGACAACAUGCUGCUGUGUGAUGGCUGCGACAGAGGACACCACACCCACUGUCUGAGGCCUCGUCUCAAGUCGGUUCCAGAGGGCGACUGGUUCUGUCCAGACUGUCGACCCAAACAGAGAUCCAGCCGCCUCCCGUCCCGUCAGCGCUCUUCUAUCGACGAAGAGGAGGAGGAGGAUGGAGAGGAGGAAGAACAGGAAGAUGAGGAGGAGGAUUCAGAAGAGGAAGAGGAGGAGUCAGAGGAAGAAGACGAGUCAGAGGAGGAGGAGGAAGAGGAGGAGGAGGAGGAAGAAGAAGAAGAAGUGGUGACCGCCAAGAAGAGCAUGGCCCCGCCCUCUAAAGGCAAGAGUCAACCGACCACGCCCAAAGGUCAACAGGCCCCGCCUCCUAAAGGCAAGAGUCAACAAACCACACCCAAGAACAGCGCCGCCGCCUCCACAGGGAAAAACUCAUCAGCAUCCAAGUCCUCAGGUAAGAAGACCACACCCCCCACAGCCAAGGCCAGCACGUCUGCAGGUAAAGCUCUAGCCCGCUCUGGGAGUCGAAGCAGCGCCCGUCUGGGCCAAGAGAUCCUGGCACCAAACGGCAACACCAAAACUUCACCUGGUCAGAGCGAGGCCCGCAAGAGACCACUAACAGAUGUGGCUCCUCCUCCUAAACCUUCCAAACCCAUCCUCCCCCCUUCAUCAUCAUCAUCAUCAUCCUCCUCGUCAUCAUCCAGCCGACGAUCCUCCGGUAGGAACCAUGGCGUCCACGAGUUUUCCGCCUGCGAGCAGCUGACCGUGGAGCUCGUCAGACAUGAAGACAGCUGGCCCUUCAUGAAGCUGGUGUCCAGGACUCAGGUACACUGUUGAUAUGUACACACCUGG